AUGGCGGACCCCCGGGACAACGCACCCAUCAAGCUCUGCGACUGGGGCUUUGCCAGCUUCAUCAAGCCGGGCCAGAAGCUGAAGGGGCUCGCAGGGACCUGCUACUACGUUGCUCCGGAGGUCAUCAUGGGGACCUAUGACGAGCGCGCUGACGUGUGGUCAUGCGGCGUGCUGCUGUACGUGCUGCUGAGCGGGCGGCCGCCCUUCUGCGCCCACAAGGACGAGGACGUCUUCAGGAUGGUGGUCGAGGACGGCGUUCCCAACAUGCGGGAGCAGCCGUGGCCGUCCAUCAGCGCCGCGGCGAAGGACGCGGUCCGCCAGAUGAUGACGUGGCGCGCCGAGCUGCGGCCCAGCGCCAAGGAGAUGCUGCAGCACGAGUGGAUCAGGGAGGGCGGGGUGGCGGGGGACAACGUGAUCCAGCAGGAGGUCCUGCACCGCAUGAAGAGCUUCGCCGGGAUGAACAAGUUCAAGAAGCACGCGGCUAUGGUCAUCGCGUCCCACCUGCCCUCUGACCAGAUCAGGGGGCUCAAUGAGCUGUUUGACUCAAUGGACACGGACGGCAGCGGGACCAUCACGCUGGACGAGCUGCGCAGGGCGUGCAGCUGA